GUUUCAACAUGGACAACCCUCGUUUGAAGAUUGAGAAGCUUUUGUUUCUGGCCGACUGUGGUGUAAACCGAACCGAAAGCCUAAGUGCAGCGUGCCGUUUGAUUAAGCUCGGUGACAAUCCGAAUCUUCUCAGAAGGGUCAAAUGCAAAUACAACAUGGAAAGCGAGGCUGAUGAUUCUCUGUGGCUCAAACGAGCUGAUGAACUGUUCUCUCGAGCAAAGCGUAAUUACGAGGCAUGGUUGACUGUGGAAUCAAUUAAUGUAGUAGAAGCUGAGAGGAGACUUUACAGCAAGUUAGGAAAGCUCCAUUACUACUCAGGGGAUCUCGAUAAGGCUUUUGAGUAUCAUCUUCAGGAGCUCGCACACUGCACUAUGGUGAAUCAGCGGAUUGACUCAAACAUGAAGCUGAUUCUAGUUAGCCUUAAAAGAGGCAAAUUAGAGGACGUACUCAAGUGGGUGAAUGAAACUAGGACGCGACAUGGUCCUCUAGAGAGUAUAGUCGCUGCACAGGUGGCAUGUGCCCAUGCCUUAAGCCAUAUGGGACUAAGGGAAUACAAAUCUGCAGCCCUUGAG